GGAAAGGUACAACACCUCACAACGGUCUUUAACUCAACCCCACCCAGCCUCAAGUGGACCGCAGACCACCCAAUAAUUACCCCACCCCCAUUGUUCGCAAAUCACACUCCACAAUUAUUUUUCCACAGUUUUUCUACCGCAGUGUCUAAAAACCGAGUAAAACUAGUCCAAAAUUGAAAAUUCUCCUAUAUUCUCUCUUCCCAAUAUACUCGCCGUCAAUCUUUAUUUUUUUUGCUGCUAGUACCAUUCUUCAAUUCGUUUCAAGCUUGGCAGGUGGUUUAUCCAGCUGUUGAGUUAGAUCUGUGCCGAAAUUCGUUCGAUUUUUAUUUGUCGGCUGAAUAUUUGAGUAGGGAAAGCAGAUGGCAACGAUGGAGAGCUUGAUUGGGCUGGUGAACAGGAUACAGAGGGCUUGCACGGCCCUCGGCGACUACGGCGGCGGCGACCAGGCCUUCUCCUCUCUGUGGGACGCGCUCCCCUCCGUUGCCGUCGUCGGUGGCCAGAGUUCGGGAAAGUCAUCAGUGUUGGAGAGCAUUGUAGGGCGUGAUUUUCUUCCCCGAGGCUCUGGAAUUGUAACUAGGCGGCCAUUAGUAUUACAACUGCAGAAAACGGAAGAUGGGCAGCAGGAAUAUGCAGAAUUUGGACAUAUGCCUCGUAGACGAUUCAGUGAUUUCGCCUUGGUUCGUAAGGAAAUUCAAGAUGAAACUGAUAGAAUUACGGGAAAGUCAAAACAAAUUUCUCCUGUUCCUAUUCACCUGAGUAUCUAUUCGCCUAAUGUCGUCAAUUUGACUCUGAUUGAUCUUCCUGGUUUGACAAAAGUUGCUGUCGAGGGGCAGCCUGAAAGUAUAGUCGAAGACAUUGAAAAUAUGGUUCGCUCAUAUGUUGAGAAGCCCAACUGCAUCAUCCUGGCAAUAUCUCCAGCAAACCAGGAUAUUGCGACUUCAGAUGCAAUUAAACUUGCAAGGGAAGUUGACCCAUCAGGUGAACGCACAUUUGGGGUGCUGACAAAACUUGAUCUGAUGGACAGGGGAACUAAUGCAUUGGAUGUUCUAGAAGGAAGAUCCUACCGCUUACAGCACCCUUGGGUGGGUAUCGUGAAUCGUUCACAGGCUGAUAUCAACAAAAAUGUUGAUAUGAUUGCUGCUAGGCGAAAGGAGCGUGAAUAUUUUGCCACAAGUCCUGACUACGGACACUUGUCUAGUAAAAUGGGUUCUGAAUAUCUUGCAAAACUGCUCUCGAGGCAUUUGGAAUCUGUAAUUAAGGCAAGAAUACCAAGUAUCACCUCAUUAAUUAACAAGAGCAUUGAUGAACUUGAAUCUGAGCUAGACCACCUUGGAAGGCCUAUUGCUGUUGAUGCUGGGGCUCAAUUAUAUACUAUCUUGGAACUUUGCCGUGCUUUUGACAAGAUAUUUAAGGAGCAUUUGGAUGGAGGCCGACCUGGAGGGGAUCGAAUUUAUGGAGUUUUCGACAAUCAGCUGCCCGCUGCUUUGAGAAAACUUCCAUUUGAUCGACACCUUUCGGUGCAAAAUGUGAGAAAAAUUGUUUCAGAAGCUGAUGGUUAUCAGCCACACUUGAUUGCUCCUGAGCAAGGCUAUCGCCGGCUUAUUGAGGGCUCACUAAAUUAUUUUAGAGGCCCUGCUGAAGCUUCAGUGGAUGCUGUCCACUUUGUACUCAAGGAGCUUGUGAGGAAGUCAAUUGGAGAGUGUCAGGAACUGAAACGAUUUCCAACUUUGCAAUCAACUAUAGCUGGAGCUGCUAAUGAAGCUCUGGAAAGGUUUCGUGAGGAGAGCAAGAAAACGGUCGUUAGAUUGGUCGACAUGGAGUCUUCAUAUCUGACUGUUGAUUUCUUCCGGAAACUUCCUCAGGAAGUUGAGAAAAUGGGACCACCUGGGGGAAAUGCACGGGAUCAUUCUCCGGCUGCCCCGAAUGUUGACCGCUAUGCGGAAACACACUUCAGGCGGAUUGGUUCGAAUGUCUCGUCUUACAUAAAUAUGGUCUCGGAUACUCUGAGGAACACUAUUCCUAAGGCGGUAGUUUACUGUCAAGUCAAGGAGGCCAAACAGAAUUUGCUCAAUUAUUUUUACACUCAAAUUGGGAAGAGAGAGGGAAAGCAACUUGCGGAACUGUUGGAUGAGGACCCGGCAUUGAUGGAGAGGAGGCAGCAAUGUGCCAAAAGGCUCGAACUAUAUAAGAAAGCAAGGGAUGAGGUUGACUCUGUGGCUUGGGUUCGUUGACUUUGACGUGCCUGUGUGGGUGUGAAGAUCCUUUUGUAUUAUGUAAUAUAUAGUUUCACUAUAGGCUUGUAACAGUGGAUUUUCGAAUCUUUGGAUUCUUUAAUUGAGAAAGCGGGUUUGUUUGUGGGUGCGGUUUGUUACCUGAUAUAUAUUCUUUUAUGUGUUACAUUUCUCGGUGUGUUGCCCUCGAUUUUCUGCUUAUCUCUGGUAUUUUCAUGCUACACUGAUAUGUUGUAAAUUUCAGACUAUGAUGAGUAACCCAGGUUUACUACUGUUUAUGUGAUUUGUUGAAUCCUUGGUUGGUUCAGUUCGCAGAAAUGAAAAUAUGAAAUGUGGAAGGUGGGUUUAUUCGAUCAA